AUGCUCAAGCCCAAGGACCUGUGCCCCAGAGCGGGUACGCGCACCUUCCUGGAGGCCAUGCAGGCUGGUAAAGUGCACCUGGCCCGCUUCGUGCUGGAUGCGCUAGACCGAAGCAUCAUCGACUGCCGCGCGGAGCAGGGCCGCACGCCACUCAUGGUGGCCGUGGGGCUGCCGGACCCCGCGCUGCGCUCCCGCUUCGUUCGACUACUGCUGGAGCAGGGUGCGGCCGUGAACCUGAAGGAUGAGCGCGGCCGCACCGCACUCAGCCUGGCGUGCGAGCGUGGCCACCUGGACGCCGUGCAGCUGCUGGUGCAGUUCAGCGGCGACCCGGAGGCGGCUGACUCGGCGGGCAACAGCCCCGUGAUGUGGGCAGCGGCGUGCGGCCACGGGGCGGUGCUCGAGUUCCUGGUGCGCUCUUUCCGCCGUCUCGGCUUGCGCCUCGACCGCACCAACCGUGCUGGCCUUACAGCGCUGCAGCUGGCCGCCGCUCGCGGUCACGGAACCUGCGUGCAGGCCCUCACCGGGCCCUGGGGCCGCGCAGCCGCCGCCGCUGCGGCCGCCGCGGCUCGGGGCUCCAACUCCGACAGCCCCCCUGGCCGUCCGGCUCCCGCGCCCAGCCCGGAGCGCCGACGACCCAGUCCCCGGCGCCUACAGCGGCCUCUCUUGGCGCGCUUUGCGCGAGCGGCCGGCGGCCAUGGUCACGGAGGCGAGGCUGGCUCUGGGGGCAAGAGCUCGGGCCGGCACCGGGCGCAGGGGAGCGAGCGGCCCGAGUUGGGCCGGAGCAUGAGUCUGGCUCUGGGUGCGGUGACCGAGGAAGAGACGUCUCGACUGAGGGCGGGAGCCCUGAUGGUCCGACCACACUCGCCCCAGUCUUCGGGGACUGGGCGGUGGCGUUCGCAUGAGGUGCUGGAGGGAGCGCCCCCAACCUUAGCGCAAGCCCCGAUCGGCCUUAGCCCCCACCCUGAGGGCGGCCCCGGCUCCGGCCGCUUGGGUUUGCGCCGACGCUCCACAGCUCCAGACAUCCCCAGCCUGGUCGGGGAGGCACCAGGGCCCGAGAGCGGCCCGGAAUUGGAGGCCAACGCUGUGCCGCACUCGAUGCCUGGACCCCAGGCUUGGCAGGCAGACACGGAGGCCGUGGCGUUGCACGCUCAACGGUAA